UCACCCAUCCAGAGAGCGCCGAAGGCUUGGGGGCUUAGAUAUUAAAAGGUUACCACACCGUAAUUAAUUUAUCAAUCGCAACUCACGGAGCCAGAGGGAGGAUACGGAGUUUCAACCACUGUUUCUUUAAGUAAUUUUUAGUAUAUUAGAAUCCAAAACCAUGCAUAAAUCUUACCAGUCUAUUCUUCCCUGCCAGAGUAGAAUUUUACAAAAGAGAUGGGAUCAGAAAUACUAUGAAGAACACCGGCAGAAGGUGAGACAAGCGAAGUCCAUGGUAGAUACAUCAGCACCAACAACAUAUGUCCAUCUUCACCUUAAACUUAAAAAGCUACAGCUUGAAGAAGAGCGCCUAGCAACAAUAGAACGUGACAACCGCAUCCUACUUGAAAAGAUGUCCUUAAUUAUGCGUACGAAAGGUCGUGUUGACAACUGGAAUGACUAUGAAUAUAAAAGUUUAAACAAGGAAAAAAGACAGCGUGAAUUAUUAAGAGUGACUAGGGAGAACCAGGAAAUCUUGAGACGUAUUUUAGCACGAGAACCGGAAUACAACCACCUGAAGUGGGAGCAAGAAUGGGAUGAAAACGAAGCCUUCAUGGACAGCAUUUCCAGAUAUCCCAGAGACUGGUGGGAGCUUGAACAAAAAGAAAAGGAGCUACAAAGACUAAAAACGGCAGACAAUUCAAAGAGAAGUAGGCCUUCAUCUAAGAAAUCUGUGAAAGAAGGUAAUACGCAACAAGCAACCAAAAAAGAAAAGAAAAACACGAAAGAAGAGAAAGAAAUGAAGGAAGAAGGGACGGAAGAGGAAGAGCCGAAAGAAGACGAAGAAGCGAAAGAGGAGGAAAAACAAGCAGAAGCAGAAUAAGAAAUGAAACGUGUACUCAUUAUUUUGACAUCGUAAGCUCUAAAUCCCUGUGAUUGGCUGUGCAGUGCAAUGUAAUAAGCCACAAUUUCUAGAUGUCCAUUUUAGUGGUGACACUAAAUAGUGUGACCAACACAUAAUCACUUGACUGUUUGUUUAUUAAAACAUUUUAAUUUUGUUUUGUAGAUAAUAUUUAAUGGUUUGAUGUACUUUAUAACUUUUAACUACUUUAAUUUUUAUCUGUAUUAUUAAAAAUAAUAAUAAUUUGUUUAGCGGUUGUCCUCUGGAGAAUAUCUGGUCAACAUAGCAUUCAGAUCCCUUAUGUUAUCUUUAUCCUUGGUAACCUUUGUACAAUAACAUUAUUGAUCUUACAAUAUUUUUUUUACAAAAAGUUAUAUUUAUGGUGUUAAAAAGUGCUUCGCAGAUCUAAUAUGUUCAAAAUUACAAGUGUUCCCACCGACUAUGUAGUGUUAGAGUAAGUCUAAUAUGAUGCAGCAAAUGUAGCUGCUGUAAUUUUUUAUAUCAGUAAAAAAAAAAUGUAAAAAAGGAAAGAUUCAUAUACUUUUUUAAGAUAAAAUUUACUAAGACAGUUUGUAGAAUAUAAAGUAUAGAAGAAAAUUUAAUUGUAAAUAACUAUUUUAAAAACUUUAUAUUUAUAUAUAUUUUGGCACAUACAUGUGGUGAGGCAAUGAAGCACUUAGGUCAUUGUUCCCCCUAAUAACUCUUCCGCUAACCCACUCUUCUCUUGAUAGCUCUAUUCCAUCCUUAGCUGGAACUUUGGGGUGCAAGGGUGGUGUGGUUCUUCCAGUGACACAGGUCACUGUUCCUCUUCCACACAAGAUUAAAUUUCCCUUCCAUCUCCUCUCCAAACCCCUAGUGCACACCCCCCACCUGUACACACACACAGAAUAUUACUUCCAUGACCACCCUCUUCUGGUACCCUUGGCACACAAGAAUGGGUGUUUUUUGAUAAAGUAUAAAUUUAGUGGGUUAUAGUAACUACUGUACUGUAGUUUUGCACAAAUCUUUGCAUGUUAAUGCCAGAAUUGUUUCCCCCCUCCCACCUCCCUGUUAAACCCUUAUGCACUAUAAAACGUAGCCAUUUUUUUUUUCUAUAUGCAUUCCAAUUUUGAAGAUGGCAAUUUAUAAAAGAAAUAUGAAUAAGCAAUUUGUGAUUUUGUUUGUCAACCUGUAAAAUAACCUUUAGCUGUCUUAGAUUCCCUCUUUUUCAAACAUACACUUUGAUUUUAACAAUAUUUAUUUUGAAAACGCUACAUGUUUAAUAGCUUGAACUAGAUGUUUAGCACAUUUAAAAAAAUCCCAUCUGUGCGCAGACUAAACAACUAGCAAUUACUUGGCAAUUUCAUUGUUUGUUUUCGUUAAGGAUACAAUUGUAUUGUUUUUUUCUUGUUCAACUAGAUGACUGUGUCAAAGUGCUUCAAAUUGUAUAAAAUGCAAUAUAGUGCAGUAGCACUGCUGUAUCUUUUAUCCGGAAAUCUACAUACAGUACAUAAUCACUAUACACUGUAUCUACAUAAUAAUCUCAUGUCCACAGAAUAUGUAUGAGCUCUGUUGAGCAAAUAUUGAGAUUAUUGAUGCAAGAGUAAUAAUCUAGCUACUAUAUAUAAUGGCGAAUAUCCCCCAUUUAUCAUAAUAUUAAUUAGAUUUUUUUUAUUAUUGUAGCCUAACUAACCUGUACUUUUAGCAGGGCCAGUGUAAUGGAUAAAUGGACAUGAUGAUGUCAUGAAAUACAGCUUAAGUUCUGACCUGUGAUUGGUUAUUAUGCAUUUCACUUACAAACCAACCAAACUAUAAUUAGAUCUACUAUUAAGUUUUAGGCUGCACUGCCCAAUUAGCAAAGUUUAUUGGAAGGUGAAUGGCAAUUACUAAUUUUGGUAAGAGUAGAUUAUAAUCUUGUAACAGAAAUGCCAAUUUUAAACAAUCUGUUAUGAUGUGAUGGUGUAAUGUUUUUUAAGGAACAUAUUAAUCAUGUUGGGGAAUAAAAAAACAAGUGAAUUGUAAAUGUUUUUCUUUAAAUUGUAAUGCAUGUCAUUAGGCUAACAUCUUUAUAGAAAGAUUAUCUUUACACAAUUGUAUCUUGGUGGUGAAAUCACAUAAGAACACUGGUAUCACAAUAAUAUAAUCAUAUAAAUCUAAUAAUCUAUAAAAAAAAAAAAAAAAUAAUGCUAGUAUUGUUACUGCAUAAAUUAAGGUUGAAUUUUGACGUUACUAAAACAUUAUCAAACUUAAUUUUCUACUGAAGAGAGUCAAACUCAAAGUUCUAAUUUUAUCCAUGUGGAAUAUUUCUUAAGGUAAAAGAGCUUUUAAAUACAGAUCAACCAAAUUGUGGAAUUCUCUCCCCAAUCAUAUUAAAACGGACCUUAAAAAUAUUUCAACAUCUACCUUCAAAAACUUUAUUUUAAUGCUAUUUAAUUACAAACUUAAUAUUUUUUUUUACCUUUAAAUUGAUAAACUUUUAAAUUGUGUAUUCUUUCUUUGUGUUGUAAUUUCAUUAUUUAAGUUUAUAUGUAGGCCUAUCAUUUGAUGUUAUAUCUAAUUUGAUUUUUAACUGAACCACUUUGGAAAUCAGUAUAUUUGUAUUGAAAGUGCAUUUCAGGAUUAAUUAAAGAAUAAAUAAAUUACUGUGAAUGUUACAAAGCAAUUCUCGAAUAAACUGGUAUUGGUAUAGGCAUUUAUAA